UACAGUCACCCCCACGCACAAAACGUUUCUGCAUUGCCACUCUCUUCUCUAACUUCUCUCUCUAUAUAUAUAGCCGGCCAUUGCCCUCAUUUGAUUCCAUUUUCAAUGCCCUUAUUGUCAUUUUCACCCUCUAUAAAUGCCAAUGUCUGUACCUACUUAAUCUGAAAACCCUCCAUUUUUCUUAAUUCAUCUUAGAGUUUAAGUUGAUUGUGUUGUUUUUUUUUUUUACUUACAAUAUGUUUGACCUUAAUCUUGGUUUCGAUGAUAAUGCCAUGGUUGAUACUGUUACGACGUCGGAUAAGCUAUCAUUUUCCGGUACAUCUAAUUCAUCCAUUGUUAACGUGGAAACAACUUCCUGUACUACUGCCGAUGAUGAGUUUAUUUCGUGUUCCGAUCAUCAACAACAUGUCCCUAAUGGAUACACAUUUGAUAUACUAAGAAAUCAUGAUUACGUGGAAACUGAGUUGUUGACCAAGGAGUUAUUCCCGUUAACCGGUGGAGGAGAGGCGGUGGUGCCAGCUCAGCAGCAACAGCGGUUGGAUCUAUCGGGUAAUUACAGUGGUCCAGCGGAACAGAGGAUUGUUGUUGUACAACCACCAGAGCAGAGAGUACAACAAGUGAAGAAGAGUAGAAGAGGACCUAGGUCAAGGAGUUCACAAUAUCGUGGUGUUACUUUUUAUCGUAGAACUGGUCGUUGGGAAUCUCACAUUUGGGAUUGCGGGAAACAAGUUUAUUUGGGAGGGUUUGAUACUGCACAUGCUGCUGCUAGGGCAUAUGAUCGUGCUGCGAUUAAAUUUAGAGGACUUGAUGCAGAUAUCAAUUUCAAUGUCAGUGAUUAUCAUGAUGAUCUAAGGCAGAUGGCAAACUUUUCAAAGGAAGAAUUCGUGCACAUACUUCGACGACAGAGCACUGGUUUCUCUAGAGGAAGUUCGAAAUACAGGGGAGUUACGCUUCACAAAUGUGGACGAUGGGAAGCUCGGAUGGGGCAGUUUCUUGGAAAGAAGGCGUAUGAUAAGGCUGCUAUAAAAUGCAACGGAAGGGAGGCAGUCACCAAUUUUGAGCUAAGCACUUAUGAUGGGGAAUUAAGUACUGAAGCUGAUAAUGGAGGUCCGAUGCAUAAUUUAGAUCUGAACUUGGGAAUAGCCCCAUCUGUUUUUGCCGAUGACCAGCAUGGCAACACAUUCCAGUGUGCUACAUAUGGUUUGCCUGAAUAUAGAGGAGCCAUGAAAUCUCCUUCUGCCACAAUGGGAAAUAAACUGCCACAUGGCCCUCUGCUCUGGAAUGGAGUGAAUACCAGUAUAUUUCCCACAUUUAAGGGAACGGCAAUAGGGAAGGGUAUGGAAGUUGAUUCUUCAGUGCCACUCUUCUCUACUGCAGCAUCAUCAGGAUUCGCUAAUUCAACAACAGCUGCUGUUCAUCUACCUUGCUUUUCUACUGGACAAUUACCGUAUCAUCAUUCACCAUCACUUGCCAAUAUGAACUUAGCACAUUAUUACUGCAGGAGCUGAAGUAGUUUGUUUGCUAUUAGAUCAAAAGUACCUAUGCAAUAUGUUUUCUUCAAAUUGAAUUCUAGUUUACUUGGGAAUGAGCCAGUAUGGAACUUGAUAAAUUUGCUGUACAAAGUUUCAGGACAGCAUUUUCACAUUGCUUUGACAGUUCUGACUAUUAUUGAGAAUAUUCAUUUGUAGCUUCAUGCUCAAUCAUGUUCUUUCAUAUUCUGCUAGAAUAUCUUUAACGAAGCAUUGAUUCA